UCUUUGAAUAGCAUCUCUCAAUUUAUCUUGGAUCUAACAUUGCAAUAUGAGUUCUCCUCGUCCAACUCUUGUGUUUUUUGCGGGUGCGUUCGCUGAUCCUUCUUGCUUCGAUCGUGUUGUGCCUUUGUUUGAGAAGGCUGGAUAUCCAUUUGUCUAUGUUCGCAUUCCUUCCUGCAAUCCAAACCCGUCCAAUUUGGGCUCAAUAUCUUCUUCCAACGAUGUUUCAGAGGCUCGCAAAAAUGUUCUAUUGCCUCUCAUUGAGGAGCAACACAAAGAUGUAAUUGUUAUUACUCACUCUUAUGGAGGGGUUGUUGGAGGAGCUGCUGCGGCUGGCUUGAGUAAAGCUGCACGUAGUUCUCGCGGCGAAGCUGGUGGUGUCCUGGGACUGGUAUACUGGGUUGGCAAUAUUGUCUCUGAAGGCGAAAGCUUAUUUGAAGCUGUCGGUGGUGGAUACCCUCCUUUCAUCAAAGUUGGAACACCAUCUCCGGGUCUUGCAGUCAUCGAUCCUGUAAUGCCAAUCCUCUACGCUGAUUGUGAUAUAUCUUUAGCACCCGCUCUUGAAGCUGCUAUGAUUCCUCAUGCUUUAGCAGCCUUCGAAACCCCAGCUCCGGCUCCAGCUUGGGCGGAGCCAUCGUUCGAUGGACGUCGUGUCUACAUUCGUACUGCGGACGACCAAUGCAAUCCAUUGUUUUUACAAGAUAUUUGGAUCGAGAAGAGCAAAGUCUCGUGGGAUAUCACAGAUCUCAAGACAUCUCAUUGUCCAUUUAUCAGCUGUCCCGAGGAAAUUGUUGAGAAAACCCUUACUUUCAUUGAAAAGUGGACUUAGAUUGAGAAUCAGGAAAGAAUGUAGCGUUCUAUGAAAGACUUAUGGAAUGUAAUAAGCGAAUUUUCAUACAUUUUGUUGAUUAGUAGAGGUUUCUCUUUUUGGAUCUUGAGGCAGUAGAUCUUGACCAGGAGCUCAUGCAGUGUGAUCUAUGUGGAAAACUUCAGUGGAAAACUUCAAAAUAUUUUUGUCUAUUUUGACAUGUCAUCACCGCUAUCAAAGGCCAUAUGAUUUGCAUUCGGGAGCUAAGAAAAUGCUUGAAAUUGUGCUAGCAAAAAAAAUCAAGCGUAUAAUCACUAUACUGUAGCUCCUCUAAUUCAAACCAGACCAAUGAGGAAUUCUUAACUAGA